GGGGGCUGGCGCGCAGGCGCGGGACGGGGGCCUCGCCCCUGCCGACGUCGCAGGCUGGAGCUCACCUGGGAGCCUCGGAGAGGAAGCGUAGCCUGGGUUCGGCCUUUCCUGGCAACGCCGGAGGCCCAUCGGGGAGGCAGGAGGCGGCGGCGGAGGAGGAGCCGGACUGAGCGGCAACUGUAGCGACAGCAACCCGAGCCGCCAGCGCCGCCACCUGCACCUGGCGACCGGCCCACGUCCAGCGCCCUCCGCUGCCCGCAACCCUGCCCCGCCCCGCACUGCCCUGCCCACUCGCCAGGUAUUACCAUUUAAAGAAAACUUUCUGCCAGCAAAUCUAUGAUAAAAAUUAUAAGUAACAGAGAAAACUGUAACUGUUCUUUGUCAAGUGACAACCUUUUAAUGUCAGAAUGGCUCACAUAAAGCGACUAAUAAAAUUACAACUUAAAAGAUAUUACCACAAGAAGUUUUGGAAACUUGGUGCAGUAAUUUUUUUCUUUGUAAUAUUUUUGAUUUUAAUGCAAAGAGAAGUAAGUGUUCAAUAUUCCAAAGAGGAAUCAAAGAUGGAAAAAAACAUGAAAAACAAAAACAAGAUGUUUGAUUUAAUGAUGGAAGCUGUAAUCAAUAUUAAAGAUGUGAUGCCAAAAAUGCAAAUAGGAGCACCUGACAGACAAAAGAUUGACACUGGCGAGAGACCCUGUUUGCAAGGAUAUUAUACAGCAGCAGAAUUGAAACCUGUUUUUGAUCGCCCACCUCAGGAUUCGAAUGCUCCUGGUGCUUCUGGUAAAGCAUUCAAGACCACCAAUUUAAGUAUUGAAGAGCAGAAGGAAAAAGAACGUGGAGAGGCAAAACACUGUUUUAAUGCCUUUGCAAGUGACAGAAUUUCUUUACACCGAGAUCUUGGUCCAGACACUCGGCCUCCUGAAUGUAUUGAACAAAAAUUUAAGCGCUGUCCUCCCCUGCCUACUACCAGUGUCAUAAUAGUUUUUCAUAAUGAGGCGUGGUCCACCCUUCUUAGAACUGUCCACAGUGUGCUCUAUUCUUCACCUGCUAUACUGCUGAAGGAAAUCAUUUUGGUGGAUGAUGCUAGUGUAGAUGAGUACUUACAUGAUAAACUAGAGGAAUAUAUAAAACAAUUUUCUAUAGUAAAAAUAGUCAGACAAAAAGAGAGAAAAGGUCUGAUCACAGCACGGUUGCUAGGAGCUACAGUAGCAACUGCUGAAACACUCACAUUUUUAGAUGCUCACUGUGAGUGUUUCUAUGGUUGGUUAGAACCUUUGUUGGCCAGAAUAGCUGAGAACUACACUGCUGUCGUGAGUCCAGAUAUUGCAUCCAUAGAUAUGAACACGUUUGAAUUCAGCAAACCUUCUCCUUAUGGAAGUAACCAUAACCGUGGAAAUUUUGACUGGAGUCUUUCAUUCGGCUGGGAAUCACUUCCUGAUCAUGAGAAACAAAGAAGAAAAGAUGAAACCUACCCAAUUAAAACACCCACUUUUGCAGGAGGCCUUUUUUCCAUAUCAAAGGAAUAUUUUGAAUACAUUGGAACUUAUGAUGAAGAAAUGGAAAUUUGGGGAGGAGAAAACAUAGAAAUGUCUUUCAGAGUAUGGCAAUGUGGUGGGCAGUUGGAGAUUAUGCCUUGCUCUGUUGUUGGACAUGUUUUUCGCAGCAAAAGCCCUCAUACCUUUCCAAAAGGCACUCAGGUGAUUGCUCGCAACCAAGUUCGACUUGCAGAAGUCUGGAUGGAUGAAUAUAAGGAAAUAUUCUAUAGGAGAAACACAGAUGCAUCAAAAAUUGUUAAAGAAAAGUCCUUUGGUGAUCUUUCAAAACGAUUUGAAAUAAAGCAUCGCCUUCAAUGUAAAAAUUUUACAUGGUAUCUGAAAAAUAUUUACCCAGAAGUGUAUGUGCCAGACCUUAAUCCUGUAAUAUCUGGAUAUAUUAAAAGUGUCAAUCAGCCUCUAUGUUUGGAUGUUGGUGAAAAUAAUCAAGGAGGCAAACCUUUAAUUUUAUAUACGUGUCAUGGACUUGGAGGAAACCAGUACUUUGAAUAUUCUGCUCAAUAUGAAAUUCGGCAUAACAUCCAGAAGGAAUUAUGUCUUCAUGCUGCUCAAGGUUUUGUUCAGUUGAAGGCAUGUACCUACAAAGGUCGCAGGACAAUUGCCACUGGAGAACAGAUAUGGGCUAUCCAGAAGGAUCAACUUCUAUAUAAUGCAUUCUUUAAAAUGUGCCUUUCAGCAGCCGGAGAGCAUCCAAGCUUAGUGUCAUGCAAUCCAUCAGAUCCACUUCAAAAAUGGAUUUUUAGCCAAAAUAAUUAAGUGUUCCUUAAAAUUAAGGAGAUGAAAAGGAGAUAUUUUUUCUCAUAAAACUGUGACUAGGCAUACACUGUAGUUUUUGAAAAAUUAUGCAAAAGCAGCUAAUUAUAACUUAUUCCAAGUGCAUUUUCUUAUUUAUACCUUUAAAUGUCUUGAUAGCACAGCUACAAAAAUUCCUUAAGCCUCCAUUUCAAAGCACAAUAACUAGUAAUACCAAAGACUAUUUUGAAAUGUACAGAUGUAGGGAAUGUUUACAGUAUGAUGAAAAUAAUUUUUCAAGUAAAAUGUAUUUGUGUGUUUUAUACACUAAGACAUAUAUAGCUACAUGUACACAUUCAAAAUUUAAAAUAUUCUAGUUUGGGGGGAGAGGGAGAUUUGAUACUGUAUUUUUUUAAGUACAAAGAUAUGAAUCAAUGAAGGUCGAACAUUGACCUUUGUAUCCAAGCUAGGAUAUUUUUAUAAGUCUAGAAUAAAAAUACAGGCGAACAAUUUCUUUUCCCUUUGCUACGGGUCAGAUAUUUUCCUAAACAUUAAGUAAAAAGAUGAAUAUUUUUAACUUUAAUUUCUUAGCAAAAGUUAAAACACAUUUUUGUCUUAAGACCACUUGACUUGAAGCACUUAAGUCUUCCUCAGAUGACUUUUAUUCAAUAACCAUGCUGUCUGUGUUUCCAAAGCAAUUAAAAAGAAAAAUAUAAAUGGCUGUUUGUUGAAAAGUGUCUUUCUCCUUUCUGUGGUCUUUUGUUCUCACCAAAAUGCACUAAUUGUGAAUGUUUGUGAAAUUGAA